GGCCCAUCGUCACCAAUCACCUCCAGUCGUCUUCAACGUUCGCAUUAGUGACUACCAAUUUUUAUUAAAUUUCUUUCAUCAAUGAACUCCCAAUAAAAGUUGGUGUCAAUGGAUCAACUAAUUAUUUAGCUAUUUAUUUUUAUUCCGGUGAAAUUGAGUGAAGUGUACUUAACAUUUCAAACUUACCUCCCCCAGGUAGUUUGGCAUGAGAAAAGAACGGACGAGAGUUGUCAUUAAUUUAGGAUUUUUAUGAUUAUAAUAAUUUAUUAGUGAAUCUCAAAAAAUGAACUGGUUAAUCCUGUCAAUUAUCGUACUGGCAGUGUCAUCAUUGACUACGGAUGGCUUCACCCUUAUCGAGCCCCUAAAAACUGUACUAUCAUCAUUUUACUCUGACAAAUCAAGCACUGAGAGAAAUGGAGAGAGGGAUACGAGAGAAUCAGUGGAGUAUCAUGUGUGUCCUUCUUGCGUCAAAAAUCGUGUUGUCAGCGAUGGAGUGGAUCAGAUACUCAAUGAAAUUAGGGUUGAAUAUGUCAAACAGCAGAUCCUGAAAAAACUGAGACUGUCAAAACCACCGGACGUCACAAUCUCAAUUUCUACCCUACCUAAGCCGCUCAUCAAUGGCCACGUGCUUGAAUUACGACCCGGCGAGCCGAUGGAACCGGAGAAACAGGCCGAGAGCUUUUAUGGAAAAACCGAUCAAGUAGUGAUUUUUCCCAAUGAAGGCCCAACGGAUCUCACGAAUUGCCGAACCACCUCUAAUCAUUUGACUGGCUUCAGCCCUGCAGCAUGCUUCACAUUUAAUCUGCCCGCAGAAAUGCAAUUUGUAGCUGUCACAUCGGCCGAUUUAUGGUUUUACAAAGGGAACGAUGAAAAUGAUGUAUUUGGACAGACUUUUGUGCUUUCGGAGCUCGAUCAUUGGGAUCAGGGAGGGAGCUUUGAAAAGAACACGAUUAUGGCUAUCUUUGAAACAUCGAUUGAGGAGGGAUGGGUGAAGACUGAUGUAGCCUUCACUGUUAAAAAAUGGGUGGAGAAACGCAGAUUAAAUCACGCAAUGCAAAUAGCAUGCAGUACAUGCUCCAUAGAUCGUGAAAAUGCACCAGUGUCAACUGAAGUGACGUUAAAGCCAUUUCUAGUCAUUCACACAUCGCCAUUACCCCAAAAAAAUCGCCCAAAGCGCAAUUCAAAUUGCCUACCGGAAAUGAAAGAGUGCUGCAGAGACGAUUUGUACAUAAGCUUCGAGGAGAUUGGAUGGAGUGAUUGGAUCCUCCAUCCUAGUGGCUAUCACGCUUAUUUCUGUCGAGGAUCGUGCACAUCGGCUGCUUCGUUAAUGAUGAGUGGUUCACCAUACAACAAUGUCAUUAGAAAAUGGUUGACAAAGAACAGCAGCAUACACCGACGGGGUAACGAAAUUGUACCCUGCUGUUCGCCAACUCAGCUCUCACCUAUCCAGCUACUCUACGUAGACUCAAAUAAUACGAUAACCCAGAAAACACUGCCGAACAUGGUAGUAGAGGCGUGUGGAUGUAUGUGAAAGAAAGCUCCAAAGAAACGAAACAAACAAAAAUCCGCGCAUCCCUCUCUUUUUUAUCCACCGGCAAACGUGAAAAGCUGCAUGUGGUUCGCCCAAAUGUGUUGGAAACGCAUUUUUUUUUUCUCUUUCAUUUUCCCUCUGCACGUACAGAAAUCAGAGACGAGAGGACGACGAAGAGACAUAAUAGUAGAAAGAACUCGUUGAAAAUGAGAAAAAAAAACCUCAACACACAUAGAAAACAAGCCAAAAAGCAAGACAUAAACAGGGUGAAAAGGAAAAAAAUGUAAUAAUGGAGAAGAAUGAAGAGAUUAAAGUAGAAAUAGUGCAACGUGCUGAAGCUACCGUUCGUGAAGAUUCUCUCUACCGGGAGACAAGAGGACCGUACUUGAGUCCUCCCUUAUUCCCUUCCCCUAUCCUUUUCCUUAGCUUUAGCCCAGUGGUCGUGUUAUUGUAUUACAUUGUGCCUUCAUUCGAAACAAGAAACAAGAGCAAAAGAACGAGCACAAAAGUUGUCGAAAUGGAAGGCACUGGGCAACGUAAAAACCAAGACAGUAUUUUCCCACCACCACCACCACCAUCGUUUCCCCUCUCCCCUCCUUCUUCCUAUCAGCUAGAAAAAAAUGUGUUAAUUAUCCCCUUGUGUUUUGUAAUCGAGUCCACGAGUUCAAAUUGUCUGAUUUUCUCAAUAAAUCCUCCCUCCGCUCAUCAUUGACCUCUGUGGACUCUCUCCGGUUCUUACCGACGUAAACAAUGAUUCAAUAAUUAUUAUUUUGUUCUCCAAUCGAAUGAAAAAUUUAUUUAUUCGUUAAGCUAAGCUAUCACUGCCCGUGGCAUGGUAACGAGCAGUUAGUUAAUGUUUUUUUUUUUGUCUCGAGCUUUGUUGUAGGAAAUUCUAUAGGUUCCAUAUCUCUCUGUAUAAUUUUUUAUUUCUCUCUUCGCGGUUUUUUUUUUCAAGUUUGGUCUUGAUUUGACUCUGGGUGUUCACUUGGAUCCGGCUCAGCAGUACCCAGUGAUAAGAUAACCAAUGUACACAAGAGUUACGGAAUUUUGUGAUUAAUUCAUGAGUUUAUUUUUUUUUAAUUGUGUAGUGAUGUAGAAUGAUAAUGAGUCGUAGGUGGAAGGCUUUGAAGUGUAACGUGUGCUUUGCAGCUGGGCCAAGGUCAUUGUCUUAUUAGUAACUGGAAUUUUGAGUGAAAUAUCUGGAAAUUAUUGAUAUGGAAAAAUUAAAAUGGAAUUUUGAUGCUUGCAUUGUUGAUGAAUCGAUAAAUUCCUAAAAGAUUCAAUGACUAUUAUUGAAAUUUGUUUGGUAGUCGGGGUUACGAAAUCGCCACCCUUUGAACAUCUGAUUGCAUAAAAUAUUUCACGAUAGCUACAAAUUAAAUAUCUCAAGCUCUCAUUGAAAUUCUAAGGAAUAUUUCCUAAAGAAAAAUUCAUAUUUUAGUGAAUUUCCAAUGCGAAUAAGUAAUUCCAUGAUGAUUUUUCAAAAUUGAAAUUACUUAAAAUCCAAGACUUUACAUUUUCCGAAAGAAGGGAGAAUUAGAAUGAUUUUGAUGUUUUUGAUUGUUUAGUAGUGCGACUAAAAUCAAGCGAUCUCGAUUAAAAGUUAUUCAUUUUAUUCUCCUAUCACUCACUGAUUGCUCUUAGAAAAUAAUAUUGUGUUUAAAAAACAUAAAAAUUUAAUCCAUACUCGUACAGACUAUUACCCGCAACAAAACUCAAGCUUCAAAACCUAUUUCUAAUCCCGGAAAUUCCAUAACUCAAAGUAUAAAAAUAUUUACAGCCUGAAUCGACUCAAUUUCAUGUCGUGAUAUACACGCCAUAACGAUAACUUAUUGAAUUUUCUUAUUUAUGAAGAAUAAAUUGUAAAAUAAAUGUCGAUUUUAUUUUUGUUAAAUCGAUGAAUAAAUUAUGUUAAUUGUCA